AUGUCCAUCGAACUACGUCCAAUGGAGGAGGACGACUGCCUAGAAUGGAUGCGCAUCCGCUGGAUCGCAUACCAAGGCCCAACGAAUCUCAUCGUCCACCAUCGUCCAGUGUCCGACGAGAGUCUCGCCAAGGUAGCAGAACAACGGAAAAAAGAGUUUCAUAAUCCAGGAGCCUACCAUUGGAAGGUUGUGGACGUCGAGACUGGGAAAAUGAUGACCGCUGCGAAAUUUGAGUUGCACAACACACUGGAUAAGAGAGAAGAUGAUAGAAAUGUGUCCAUCAAAAGUAACGAGGCCCCAUUCGUACCACCAGAAGUCAACAUACCGGCCCUCAUGGCACUGCUGGGACCUCUUGGCCAAGCCCAGAAGGAGAUCAUGGGCGAUCGGCCAUACCUACUGCUCGACACGCUGUCUACUCUUCCAGAAUACCACCGGAGAGGUGCUGGGGGCAUGGUGGUGAAGUGGGGGGCAGAAAAAGCAGACGAAUUGGGCAUAGAGUUCUACUUGACCAGCUCGAUGAUGGCAAGACAUCUUUACGAGAAAUACGGCUUCGUGUUAGUCAAGGAUAUGUGGUUUGAUCGAGUGCCCUGGGGAGGAGAGGGCGUAGAUUGGCAUGGAUGCAUGGUCAGGAAACCGAACCCAAAAUCAACGUAG